AUGAGCGGCCUCGCGGAUAAGCCCAUCACCGCGGUGUACCGCAGCGCGGCCAUGUCACUCCGCAAGGCGAAUCUCGCGAGGGAGUCCGGGGACACCGACGAGGAGGUCUUCCAGCUCAACGCGUUCGUGACCGCGGUGACUUCGGGCGUGAGAGCGCAUCCGAUGUACGAGCGACGGAAGACCGAUAAGGACUGCGUCGACCUGGAGAACAAACUCAUCGACGCGGUGACGCGGCUGAGCGACAUCGAGAGCGACGAGGAGAAGAAAGCGGAGGAGAGGGAGGUGAAAGCCGCGGCGAGGCGGCUGGAGCAGGAGACGGCGCGAACGCCCCGGGAGGAGGAGAGCGACGACGCCGAGGCGGGCCCGGCGCGGCGGAGGGAGCCCUCGGGCGGGGCCUUGCUCGCGCGCUCGCGGGCGAACUCCAGGGCGAACUCCAGGGCGAACUCCAGAGCGACGAGCCCGACGCGAACCGCGACGGCGGCGACGUCCACGGCGACGAGCGAACCGCCGCCGCCGCCGCCGCCGCCGUCGGUUCCUUCCGAGAUCGCCCCCGCCUCGGACGAAGCCCCCCGCGACGCGUUCUGGCGCCCGGCGGGGACCACCACCGACGCGAGCGCGGCAUCGGGUACAUCGACCGACGUCACCACGGAGGUGGGCAAACUGAGGGAACACAUCACGAGCACGACGGAACGUUCGCUCGACGACGUCGACAUGACGCUGUCCCCGGAGCCGGCGCCGUUCGCCGCGCCGUUCGCGCCGCCGCCGCUCGGGGACCUCACCCCGACCGCGCCCGCGAUCGUCUUCCCUCCGUUCCCGUCCACGGACCUCAUGAUGGGCGGCGUGGAGAGCGGAGACGCGAGCGCGGGGGCGGGAGGAAGCGCGGGGCUGCCCCCGACGCCCCCGCCCGCGGAGACCUCCGCGGCGAUCGCCUCCGCGGCUUUGUUCCGCGCCAGGUUCGACGCGAAGGAGGCGAAGGCCAGGGCGGUCGCCGAGCGCGCGUCCGCGUCUGCGGCGGCGAAAGCGGUGUAUAAAGGGUUCGACGCUCCGACGGAGUCGUCGCUGAAGAAGGUUCAGAGCCCGGUCAAGAAGCCCGCGGCGAAGCCGGCGUCGACGAAGACGGCGUAUUACGGCGUCCCGGCGAGGAGCCUCGCGCCGUCGAAAGCGUCGCCGCUGCCGCCGGCCGCGCCCGCGCUGACGAACCCGCCGCGCGCGAGACUCCCGACGCCGCCCGAACCGCUCGGCGGGGGCGCCGCCGCCGCCGCCGCCGCCGCAGCGGUCGGGUCUCAGUCGUCCCCCGCGGCGGCGCCGCCGACUGCCGCCGCCGCGGCGUCGCCGUCCCCGGCUGCGUCGGGCCCGUCGACGUCGAACGCGUCGGUCGAUCCCGGCGGUCCGGGCCUCGCGACGAUGCGAGGCGCGCAGGCCGCGGCCGUCGCCGCCGCGGAAGCCGCCGCGCAGGCUGUCGGCGAACGCGUCGCGAGAGAUAUCCAAGCCGUCGCGGAACGGCAGUCGCGCGCGGAGCGUCACGCCGCCGCGGAGAUGGACGCGCUCGUGACGCAAGUCUUACCCCUGCACGAGGAGAACAGCGCGCUCCGGGCGACAAUCGAGGCGCUCGCGGCGCGCGUGGAAGCGAUGGAGUCCAGCUCCAGCUCCGGGGCGGCGGACGCUGCCGCGAACGCGGCGACCGCCGCCGCGGUGGCCGCCGCCGUCGGCGCCGAGGUGGACGUCCUUCGCGCGCAGACGUCGCGGCAGAUGAAAGCGUCGCAAGAGUGGACGACGCAGGCGAUCGUGCAUCAGGGGCAGCAGCAGUGGGAGCACGUGCAGAAGAUGCUGACGCAGAGGGACAAGGCUGAGCACGAGCGCGUGACGCACUUACAGCGGCUGCUGGACGACGCGCACCGCGGGCGGGUGGACAUCGAGAGGAAAGCGGAGGAACGCCGUCGUCGGCGAGAAGCCUCGGACGCGGCGACGCGACAGCGCGUCGAAGAAGCGCACAGAGCGGUCGCGGACAUCAAAGAGGAGAUGAAAAGACAAGCGGAGCACCAGCAAGCGCAAGCGUUGCAGAUGCAUCGAGCCGCGGAGGAGUCCGUGCGGUUCCAACAGCAGCAACAAGAGGCGGCGUGGGAGGCGCAUCGGGAGGCGAUGGAGCAGCAACGCCGCGCGCAAUCGGAACGUCUCAAAGCGGAGUCCGCGCAGCUCGCGGCGGCGACCGCGAGCGGGAACAGCGGCGCCGCGUUCGCGGGGCAGUUGAACUCGAUCCUACAGCGCUUAUCGCAGCUCGAGUCCACGCCGUUGCCGCCGCCGCCGUCGUCGCCGUCUCGGUUCGGAGGCGUCGUCGAGGGCCUCGUCACCGCGCGGAUGUCCGAACUCGAGCGCAGGGUAUCCGAGCUCGGGGUGUCCUCGUCCGGGGUAUCGUCCGGGUCUGUCGUGAACCUCAGGUUUCUCGAAGAUCGCGUCGCGGCGCUGGAGAGCGGACGCGGGAACCGAGGGUACGGCGCGGAGUACGCCGCGACGCGGCUCGUCGGCGACGCCGGCGCGAACGACGGCGCGGACCUCGACGCGGUUCGACGAAAAGUCGCGAACAUCGAAUCCAGAGUGGAGAUGGAAUACGACACCGCGCGGGAUUUCAAGGAUCGACUCGCGCGACUCGAGUCCAGGUCCAGAUCCGCCGCCGCCGCCGCCGCCGCGUCGUCCGAGAACGACGACGUGCACGAGUUACGGGUGAAACUCGCGACGUUUGAGGCGAGAAUCGCGCGGGCGGAGGAAGCCGCCGCGGGCGCGUCCUCGACGUCGCCGUCCACGAAGAAAGCGGUGCCGAUGUUAAAAUCGAAGAUGAAGGAUAUGGAACUCGACAUCGCCGCGAGGCUCGCGGACGUGGAAGGGCAGAUCGCGACGCUCGCGGCGAACGCGGUGGAAAACGCCGCCGCCGUCGCCGCGGCGCCGGAGCCGAUCACGACGAGCCGUCAGCAUAAACUCCGCGAGCUCGCGACUUCGGCGGCGAACGACGUCGUCGCGGAGGUGCGAUCGCAGGUCGAGGCGCUCGAGGAGAGCGUGAAGAAGUGCGCGCUGAGCGCCAGCGGGGCGUCGGAAGACUCCGCCGUCGCGGCGCUGCGGCGCCGCGUCGGGGAAAUUUCAGCCGCGGAAGAGCGAGACAUCGCCGCCGUCGCGGAAGACGUCACCGCGUCCGCGGAGCUGAAUCGGCUGCUUCACGCGCGCGUGAGCGAGCUCGAGGACGUGCAGCAAGGCGCGGCCGCGGCGGCGAUCGCGCGGGCGGAGGCGCACGAGAGCGAAGCGAAGCGUCUAACGGACGCGCUCGCCGAGGCGACGACGCGGUUGCGCGCGCUCGAGGCGAACCACGAGACCGCGAGCGAGCUCUCGAUGACGAUGGCCGGUCGCGUGCACGAGCUCAAGACCGCGAUGGACGCCAUCAAGGCGGACGCCGCGGAGGCUGCGCGAGCGGCGAUGAGCGCGGUGAACGGGAAGGUUGAAGCGAUGGAGAUGACCACCGCGCGGGUCGAAACCGAGAUGACGCGUUUACGCGAGUUUGACGACAAGGUGGAGCGCGCGAGCGCGCUCUCCGCGCGCGUCGCCGAGGUCGAGUCCGAGCUCGUGAUACAGAAGCGACGCGCGAUGGAGGUCGCGGACAUGGAAGGACGAGUGAGGGAGCUUCAAACGCGGGCGGAGGACGCGGCGCGCGCGCGGAACGGUUUGAAAGAAGCCAUCGAGACGCUCGAGACUGAUCAAAAGGAGCGCUUCGAGCGCAUCAUCGACGUUCAAACGUCCGUGGUGCAGAAUCAAGCCGCCGCCGGGGCGGUCAUCACCGCUGGGAUGGAGCAACUCGUUCGCCGCGUCUCCGAGCUCGACGAAAAAAAGGCGACUUCCGCGGAUGUCGACACCCUGAACGAGCGCGUGUGCGAUCUCGAAAAGGUCGUCCUGUACAAGAGCCCGGACGAAGAGAAAGAGGACGAGGCGCGGGAGAAGGAGACGGCGACGAUCGCCGCCGCGGUCGCCGCGACGUCGGACGCCGCGGCGAAGGACCAACUCCAAGGUCGACUCGACGAGCUCGAGCGCAAGGAACGAAAGUCGUCGAUGCGUUCCGUCGUCGGGAGGUGGCAGAAGGGCGGCAGCGGCGCCGUGUCGCUGCUGAAGGACACGAAAGCGGCGAACGCGGCCGCUGAAGCCGCGGCCGAGGCGGCGGAGAAGGCGCGCGCGUCCAUCGAAGCCCUCGCCUCGCGAGUCGCGGAGGUCGAGAAAAAACAGGACCACUUUGAGGACGAGAAAGCGGCCGCGGCGUUCCGCGCGGCGACGUCCGAGAGCGACGCGGACACCGCGGCGAGCAACGCGGAGCAAGCGGCGGCGGCCGCGGUCCACGCGGCCGCCUCCGCGGCGGGAGCGACGGAGAGCCUCGCGUCAGAGCUCGCGAAGUUGCGAAACCAAAUUCUCGCGUUGGAGGGGCAGCGCGGCCCCGAAGCGCGCGACGCCUCUCGCGGCGCGAGGACGCCCGCGGGGUCGCACCCCGCGGCGUUACCCCCGACGCCGACCACCGUGGACAUCGAGAGGAUCGCGAACGAAUCGGAGUACCACGUCUCGUCGCCGCAGUCCCCACCCGUCCGCGGCGGCGGUCGCGCCCCGGUCGGGGUCGGGCGGACGAACUUCUCCGGGGUCACGUCCGAGGAGGCUGCGGCGGCGGCGGCGGAGCUCGUCAUCGCGGACGAGCUCGACGACAUCGAGGGACGAUCCGAUCCCAUCGCGAACGCGCGCCGCGCCGCGAUGGAGGCGCGCAGGGCGGUCAACGACGAAGCCGCGAAACUCGGGAUUCACCUCGACGAAGACACCGGGAAGCUCGCGGACGGGGAAGGGCUGCCGAUGCACCCGGCUGCGCUCGCCGCCGCCGCGGACCGGCAGCUCGCCGCGGAGCUCGCGACGGUGUGCGCGCUCGUGGACAAGGAGGAGUCGCGAAGAGCGGAGCUGAAGGCGAAGGCGACGGGGCCUCAAGGCGUGCAGAGCGUUCUCGAAGCGACGCUCCGGCCGUCGAGUAAAAAGAGCGCGGGCGAGAAAGCGGUCGCGGAUCUCCAGGCUGCGCAGAAACGCUGGGAGAUCGCGAUGGACGUCCAGCUGUCGCGGCUUCGCGAGGCGGCGCACGAGGCGGAGGAGAGGAACGCGGUCGCCGCGGCGAUGUCGGGGAGAGCGGUGGCGAAGAACACCACGGAGCUCUUCAAACGCGCGGGCGCGGUUCUGUCCAAGCACGACGCCAGGAAAGGCGGCGAAUCCGCGUUGCAUAACCCGUGGGGCGCGGGUCCGGGGCUGAAACCGAAGGCGCACGUCCCGACGCCGACGCCGAGGCGGCCGCUGUCGAACCGCGACCGGAACGAGCCGGCGCGGGGCAUCUCCGUGGAGACCGCGGCGGAGCUCAAGUCGAUCAAGAGCAUGGUUCGAACCGUGCACGUCGAGAUCGGCGGGCUCGCGCACAGGCUCGACAAGGUCGACGAGCGCGCGACCGGGGCUGGGAAAGCGGAGGCGGACGUCAUGAAAGCCCGACUCGAGGAGCUGCGCGGCGACGUCAAAAGUUUACGCAAAGCCGCGGACGUCGCCGACCGCGCGCUGUCCCUCGCGUCCGACGCCGAAGCGGGCGCGGCCGCGGCGUACGCGCACGCGCAGGAAGUCGGCGCGUCGCUCAGCGCGCAGAGAAGCGAUCACGCGCGCCUUCGCGAACGCGUAGACGCGCUCGCGCACGGCGCGGACGCGGGCAUUCGAGCCGUGGACGGUAAAGUCGAGAGAGUAAAAGCCGCCGCGCGAGGCGCCAAGGCGACCGCGCGGAUGGCCGAGGCGAGGUGCGUCUCGCUCGCCGGCGAGCUCGGGCGCGUCGCACGGCACGUCGGGAUGGACGGCGUCGGGGAAGCGCUGAGGACCGGCGUGCUGUUCGCGCCGCCGCCGCAGCCGCCGCCGCCGCCGGGUCUGCCGCCGACGUAUCAGCCGCCGCCGCCGUCGGCGCGAGCGAGGAGGGGGGGGCGACCGGGCGACGCCGCGGACGACGACGACGAAAACCUGUUCGAGAUACCGGUGGCGGGCGACGCGAACGGGGGGAUGAGCUUGGAGCAGCUCGCGGAGUUAUAG